AUGAGAGGUUCACCAAGCGGAGUUUGUCUUUGGCGGACCUUUCCUUUGGCCAGGUUCUUGUGGGCACGCCCCUUUUACGCCAAAUUGUUUGUCGGAGGUCUUCUUCCAAACUCCCAACUCUUCAACAAUCAUGCAAUAUUGCGACUUUAUCUGGAAUGCCAAAGUCUAUCUUAUGACACCAAUGAAACUGUUUUGAAGGAUGCUUUUGAACAGCAUGGUGAUAUAAUUGAAGUUAAAGUAAUUUGUGAUCACAAGAGUGGGAGAUCAAAAGGGUAUGGGUUUGUUCAGUUUACUUCCGAAACUGCAGCCAACACAGCUCUGAAGCAAAUGGAUGGUCAGUUACUAGACGGCAGGAAUAUUCGCGUCCAUUUUGCUCACAAGUGAUAACAUGGAUUUCAG